AUGGCCUACCUAAGCAUGGGCGAAGCUCACCGCCGGAUAACCGACUACCUCUCCCAGUUCUCCACCGCUGUGUUGAACCAGGACGGUCCUUCCCUCACGCCUCUCCUCCUCGUUUCCUCCAAUUCCCGUCUCCUCGUCUCCCUCGCCCACGCCCUCGACGUUUUCUCUGACUGGCUCCGGUUGGUCGAUCAAGCUGAUGACCAAUCGCAGCUGCUGUCUGAGAUCGUCUCCCCUCUCUUCCGAUGCCUCCAGAGCUUCCGCGCCGCGCGCUUCGCUGAUGCUUACGUUUACUUUGAGAAAUCCGCCAAUGCGUUUUUGCAGGAGUUCCGCAACUGGGAAUCCGCGUGGGCGCUGGAACCCUUGUACGGUGUUGCUUACGAGAUUCGUAUUCUUGCUGAAAAGGCUGACAGGGAGCUGGCUUCACUUGGAAAGAACCCAGAGAAAUUGAAAGCAGCUGGCUCAUACCUCAUGAAAGGUUUCGGGGUGCUUGCUGGUAAAAGCUCAAAACGUGUUGGAGCUUUAUAUGUAACCUGCCAAUUGUUCAAAAUAUACUUCAAGCUUGGCACAGUGCACUUGUGCCGAAGUGUAAUACGGAGUAUUGAGACUGCUCGGAUAUUUGAGUUCGAGGAGUUUCCUGUUAGAGAUAAGGUCACGUAUAUGUAUUAUACAGGUCGAUUGGAAGUCUUUAAUGAGAACUUUGUUGCAGCUGAUGAAAAAUUGAUGUAUGCUUUAAUGCAUUGCAACCCUCAGAGAACGGCUAACAUGAGGAUGAUUUUGAAGUACCUCAUUCCAGUAAAGCUCUCAAUAGGGAUUUUGCCAAAAAUGUGGCUUUUGGAGAAGUAUAAUCUGGUUGAGUACAAAGAUAUUGUGAAAGCAUUAAAAAUGGGUGAUCUCCGGCUUCUUAGACAUGCUCUUGUAGAACAUGAAGAACGAUUCUUAAAAUCAGGCGUGUAUCUUGUCUUGGAGAAGCUAGAACUUCAGGUUUAUCAAAGAUUGAUCAAGAAAAUCCAUAUAAUUCAAAAGCAAAAAGAUCCUGCCAAAGCACAUCAAGUGAAGUUGGAAACAAUAGUAAAAGCCUUAAAAUGGCUUGAAUUGGACAUGGAUAUCGAUGAGGUGGAAUGUAUAGUGUCCAUCCUCAUAUACAAGAAUCUUAUGAAAGGUUACUUUGCUCACAAGAGUAAAGUUGUAGUUCUUCGGAAACAAGACCCUUUUCCCAAAUUAAACGGCAACCCUGUUAGUUCAUGACUGAUCAUUCAAUUUA